AGCGCCUGUUGCCUGCAGGGUGCAAUUUGCUGCUGCCGCCCUCGCCGCAAACGCAGACGGAGAGGGUUGUGCACGCGUCCGUUGCGUGUGCAGGGUGUGUCCUCCUCCCUCCUCGCCUCCCUUGCGCGGGAGGCAGACGCCAGGCCCCAACGCGAGCUCCCGGGCAUCCCCGGGUAACAGAGGCGCCGUUACCAUGACCGUCUCCUCUUCUUCCAAAGGACACCAGCGAAGAGCGUCCCACAGGCUCAGCCCCGCCGCCGUCGUCGUUACCUCCUCCCGUCUCCUGUUGCGCGCUGCUGGCGCUCUCUCUCCGGCUUUUCCUUCACCUGCUUCGCCCGUCCAGGAGAACCGAAGCGGCUGUCGCAACUGCAAGACAAACAGGCUCAAAACUGCAGUUUUGGAGUCCCGCUACUGCAACGUAUUGCAUUCAGUCCAGCGCUGGGUGAGGGCUGCCCAGUGGGACUUUGCUACUCUGAGCAAAAAAUCUGUAGCUGAAGCAGCAAAGUGAUGUGAAGUCACUUAGUGACCAAGAUGACUCUUUUACCAGGAGAAAAUUCAGACUAUGACUACAGUGCCCUGAGCUGUGCUUCAGAUGCCUCCUUCAACCAUCCUUUCUUUGCCGAAACAGAAACUCUCAAAGGAGUCUUUUACCAAAGGGCCAAACUCAUUCACUCUGGAGAAGAACUCUGUGAAAGCAUUCACCCAGAAGACCGGAAGCAUCAUAUAAUCAUCAACGUGGGUGGUUUUAAAUACUUGCUCCCAUGGACCACCCUGGACGAGUUCCCCAUGACCCGCUUGGGACAGCUAAAAUUUUGCAACAACUUUGAUGACAUCCUCAAUAUUUGUGAUGAUUAUGAUGUGACCUGCAACGAGUUCUUUUUUGACCGCAACCCAGGGGCAUUUAGGACCAUCUUGACUUUCCUGCGGGCAGGGAAGCUUCGGCUCUUGAGGGAGAUGUGUGCUCUUUCAUUUCAAGAGGAGCUGCUAUACUGGGGUAUUGAGGAAGACAACCUGGAGUGGUGCUGCAAAAGGAGGUACCUGCAAAAAAUGGAGGAAAUUGCGGAAUUGAAUGAAGCCGAGGAUGAGUUCAUUGAUAGUGACAGCCAGUGUGAAGCGGUGGCAGAGACAAAAGCUGGCCACUGCAUGAAAAAGUUGGAAGACAUGGUGGAGAAACCUCAGUCUGGGAUUCCUGGGAAAGUGUUUGCCUGUUUAUCAGUGCUGUUUGUAACUAUCACUGCAGUCAACCUUUCAAUCAGCACCAUGCCUGGCUUAAGAGAGGAAGAGGAGAAAGGCGAAUGUUCUCAGAUGUGCUACAAUAUUUUCAUAGUGGAAUCUGUCUGCGUAGGAUGGUUUUCUUUGGAGUUCAUUUUGAGGUUCAUCCAGGCACCAAGCAAGUUUGUGUUCUUGAGGAAUCCCUUAACCCUGAUUGAUAUAGUUGCCAUCCUGCCCUACUACAUCACUUUACUACUAGACACCACUUCAGUGAGCAGUAAUAAAAAGCCAAGCUCUGGCAACAUCUACCUGGACAAGGUGGGCCUGGUGCUCCGCAUACUCCGUGCCUUGAGGAUUCUGUAUGUCAUGCGGCUCGCCAGGCACUCGCUGGGCCUGCAGACUUUGGGGCUCACAGCUCGCAGGUGCACCCGUGAGUUUGGGCUCCUGCUGCUUUUCCUUUGUGUAGCCAUUGCACUCUUUGCACCCCUCUUGUAUGUGAUUGAAAAUGAGAUGGCAGGCUCUCAGGAGUUCACCAGCAUCCCUGCUUGCUAUUGGUGGGCAGUGAUUACCAUGACAACAGUCGGCUAUGGUGAUAUGGUACCAAGAAGCAUCCCAGGCCAGGUGGUGGCCCUGAGUAGCAUCCUCAGCGGCAUCCUUCUCAUGGCCUUUCCUGUCACAUCCAUCUUCCACACAUUUUCCCGCUCAUACAUUGAGCUGAAGCAAGAGCAGGAAAGAAUUAUGUACAGGAGGGCACAAUUUUUAAUGAAAACAAAGGCCCAGUUAAGCAACAUGUCACAGGGGAGCGACAUAUUUCCGAGUAUCUCUUCAGAGACCAGGAACAAUGACUGAAACGGAAGUUUCCACGUUUGCCUGUUGCCAAGCAAACAGUGACAGGAUUUUUUUUUAAUCUCGGCAUUUGCUUCCGGAGGUGUUUAGGAGACGUAUUGUACAAAUAAAAUGCAAAGGGCUUUUAGCCAUUAUGACCAUGAGGACUUUUACAUCAUUAUGUGUAUUAGCAUUAUUAUUAUUAGGAGUGGAGGAUAAGAUUGUUGCUUUUCAAUAGGCUGCACAGCUGAGAUGCAAAAUCAUGACAUGGAGAUUUUUAAAAAGAUUGAUAACGUGCAUUGUUGACCAAAAGGAGUACUGUGUAAAAUUACAUACUGGGCACAGCUGUUGCCAUUUGUAACAUAAAGAGGCAAGCCAUUUUCCAAGGAAGAAUGACUAUGAAUGUCAACAUUUUGAUCUAGGUUAAUUAACCUUUUGUUGUUUGUUUAUACCAAACCUUGUGAGCUAUGACAUCUGGAAGAUCCAAAUUAAUCCUUGGAUGUAUAACUCCAUUGUUUGUAUUGAAGUUAAGCGUGUGCCUUGCAUUUGCAGAAGAAUUAAGAAUUUUUAAUUUAAUUUUAUUGCUACUUUUUUUUCCCCUUCAGAGUGCAAAGUCUCCUCAGUUUCUCUUCCAUCUUUUGAUUUCCUUAGCUUCAAAUACAGAGCACACUGAACAGCGUUAGCGUAUAUUCUAGGCCAGGAUUAGUAAUAUAUUUCCCCUUUUCAGCUGUAAUUUAAAUAACAGCAGACAGCUGCUUUGGAUGUUGCUGGACUCCAAAUCCCAUCAAUCCCAGCCAGCAUAGCUGGGAUGAUGACAGGUGUAGUCCAACAACUUUUGGGGGGCCACCAGUUUACCAUCCCUGUUUUGAGUGGAGCACGCACUUGCUCACUGUGGACAAGUAGCAUUUCUCACAAGGCUACCAGGCACAGCCCCAGUGUCAUUGGAUGUAUUUUCUCUUUUUCUUUGUGAUGGCUCAUUUUGUAAAGUGUCAUAUCCUAUUCCGCCCUGUAUCUAGUACCAAGAGGAGCUCACAGCUUGCUAUUAGCAGUUUCCUCUUGGACUGGUUAGACAAAACUAGGGGCCCUUAAAACCCAAAAAGCUUGAUAAUUCCCCUCCUGAGUUCUCACAUGCAUCAUCCUCUGAACAUUUAUGAGAAAACACACAGUACUCAUCCUCUCUGUCUCCAGGUUGCUGACUGUGCUAGAUUGACCUGCUAUGGCUAUCCUUCUAUUCCAUGCCUGCUAACAUUAAUAACAAAAAGGUAGCUGACUGCAAAUCUAACAGAAUAUGCACCAAAAUAUUGCACCAUGUCACUCAUAGCCCCAGUGUUGUUUUCUUUUGCAUUGGUUAGAAGAAAAUAAAACUCUUUGUAUCCAGCUCAGUUGCCAGAAUUCCUGGUGUGAUAGCUUGCAAUCACCUGUGGGCAUAUGGCUCCUUUAAAGAAGCAAAAAAAAGUAUCUGCACAAGUUGCUGGAAAUGUAAAGAAGAGGAUAUUAUUCAGAUGAGUCAUU